UGAGUCCAGAAUCACGAGAGAGGGAGGAUUUAAUAAAAGGAGGAGGAGAAGGAAGGGGACGACGUCUCUAGGUCUGUGUGCUCAAACUUCACUGUUUGAUACAGACGAAGCUCAAGCGCGAGAGAGACAGAGAGAGCUCAAACCUAGCAUCGAUCCAAUGGACGCCGAUAUGGAAGACUACGGGUUUGAGUACUCAGACGAAGAGCCUGAGGAACAAGACGUUGACAUUGAGAACCAAUAUUACAAUUCCAAAGGCUUGGUUGAAACGGAUCCAGAAGGAGCGCUUGCUGGGUUUGCUGAAGUAGUUCGUAUGGAACCUGAAAAGGCUGAAUGGGGAUUUAAAGCUCUGAAGCAAACUGUCAAGCUCUAUUAUCGUUUAGGGAGGUAUAAAGAAAUGAUGGAUGCUUACAGGGUGAUGUUGACAUACAUCAAAUCAGCUGUCACACGAAACUACAGUGAAAAAUGUAUCAAUAAUAUUAUGGAUUUUGUUUCUGGUUCAGCUAGUCAGAACUUUAGUCUCUUACAAGAAUUUUAUCAAACCACUUUGAAGGCUCUUGAAGAAGCAAAGAACGAGAGACUAUGGUUCAAGACGAAUCUUAAGCUUUGCAAGAUCUGGUUUGAUAUGGGUGAAUAUGGGCGUAUGAGUAAGAUUUUGAAGGAACUUCAUAAAUCUUGUCAAAAGGAAGAUGGUACAGAUGAUCAAAAGAAAGGAAGUCAACUUUUGGAGGUAUAUGCAAUCGAGAUUCAGAUGUACACUGAGACUAAGAAUAACAAAAAGCUCAAGCAAUUAUACCAGAAAGCUCUCGCAAUAAAGUCUGCGAUACCCCAUCCUCGAAUUAUGGGAAUUAUACGUGAGUGUGGGGGCAAGAUGCACAUGGCAGAGCGCCAGUGGGCGGAGGCCGCAACAGAUUUUUUUGAAGCAUUUAAGAACUACGAUGAAGCUGGGAACCAAAGGCGCAUACAAUGCUUAAAAUAUUUAGUUCUAGCUAAUAUGCUGAUGGAAUCUGAAGUUAACCCAUUUGAUGGUCAAGAGGCAAAGCCGUAUAAAAAUGACCCUGAGAUUUUGGCAAUGACAAAUCUGAUAGCAGCAUAUCAAAGAAAUGAGAUACUGGAAUUUGAGAAAAUUCUCAAGAGUAAUAGGAGGACAAUAAUGGAUGAUCCAUUUAUUCGAAACUAUAUUGAAGAUCUGUUGAAGAAUGUCAGGACACAGGUGUUACUUAAGCUGAUCAAGCCUUACACAAGGAUCCGCAUUCCUUUCAUUUCAAAGGAGCUUAAUGUCCCAGAAAAAGAUGUUGAGCAGCUCUUGGUUUCACUGAUUUUGGAUAACCGAAUUGAUGGACAUAUUGAUCAAGUGAACCGGCUAUUAGAACGGGGUGACAGGUCAAAGGGAAUGAAGAAGUACACUGCUAUAGAUAAAUGGAACACACAGCUACGAACACUUCAUCAAACUAUCAGCAACCGAGUAUACUGAGAAUAAUUGCACAUGAAAAUGGCUUUUAUAUUGGCUUUAUAUUUUGUUUGGCAACGUGCUCAAUUUUCUAUUACUGUAUCGUGACUACUAGUUAAAUCCAGCUUUACCUGUUUGAAGGUCAAAAUUACUGUUGGAUGAGCUGUGAAUAUAAGUGUUUUUUAACUAUAUAAUUUUUGUCUUUGGUAGCUAGUACAUUUUACCCUGUAAUGACAAUAUUACAUUUUAAAGUGAAGUUUUGGGUCGAGUUUGCCCCACCGUUUA